AUGAUGGGGUCCGUGCUCCCCGCUGAGGCCCUGGUGCUCAAGACGGGGCUGAAGGCACCCGGGCUAGCGCUGGCAGAGGUCAUCACCUCCGACAUCCUACACAGCUUCCUGUACGGCCGAUGGCGCAACGUGCUGGGCGAACAGCUCCUGGAGGACAAGAGCCACCACGCCAGCCCCAAGACGGCCUUCACCGCCGAGGUCCUGGCACAGUCCUUCUCCGGCGAGGUGCAGAAAUUGUCCAGCCUGGUGCUGCCGGUGGAAGUGAUCAUUGCCCAGAGCUCCAUCCCUGGUGAGGGCCUUGGCAUCUUCUCCAAAACAUGGAUCAAGGCGGGCACCGAGAUGGGCCCCUUCACGGGCCGUGUCAUCGCCCCUGAGCACGUGGACAUCUGCAAGAACAACAACUUGAUGUGGGAGGUGUUCAACGAAGAUGGGACGGUGCGGUACUUCAUCGAUGCCAGCCAGGAGGACCAUAGGAGCUGGAUGACCUACAUCAAGUGCGCCCGGAACGAGCAGGAGCAAAACCUGGAGGUGGUCCAGAUUGGCACCAGCAUCUUCUACAAGGCCAUUGAGAUGAUUCCCCCUGACCAGGAGCUGCUGGUGUGGUAUGGAAACUCACACAACACCUUCCUGGGCAUCCCAGGGGUGCCCGGGCUGGAGGACGAGCAGAAGAAGAACAAGCACGAGGACUUCCACCCCGCAGACGCGGCUGCGGGCACGGCCGGCCGCAUGCGCUGCGUCAUCUGCCACCGCGGCUUCAACUCCCGCAGCAACCUGCGCUCGCACAUGCGCAUCCACACGCUGGACAAGCCCUUCGUGUGCCGCUUCUGCAACCGCCGCUUCAGCCAGUCGUCCACGCUGCGCAACCACGUGCGCCUGCACACGGGCGAGCGCCCCUACAAGUGCCAGGUGUGCCAGAGCGCCUACUCGCAGCUGGCCGGCCUGCGCGCUCACCAGAAGAGCGCGCGCCACCGGCCGCCCAGCGCCGCGCUGCAGCAGCACUCGCCCGCGCUCCCCGCGCCCCACGUGAAGACAUUGGCGCAGGUGGAGACAUUGGUGCAGGAGGCGACACUGGCGCAGGUGGAGACAUUGGCGCAGGUGGAGACAUUAGACAUUGGCGCAGGUGAAGACAUCGGUGCAGGUGGAGACAUUGGCGCAGGUGGAGACAUUGGCGCAGGUGGAGACAUUGGCGCAGGUGGAGACAUUGGCGCAGGUGGAGACAUUGGCGCAGGACUCUCCUCCGGUCUGGCCGCUCAGCUGCGCGCCGAGGCCACGCUGGAUCAAAGGCCACCGUCGCCCUCUUGUGGCCGCAGCCCGACGCAGCAGCUGGGCGAUCCCCGGACUUUUUCGGCUCCAGACCCGGAGGAGGCGAGGUCCCGCUGCCAGCUUAGUCGGGACCCUUUGGGCGCUAGCGCGAACCACGUAAACCACGCGGAGGAAGAGGAGGCCUCGGGAGCGCUGCGGGGCGGAGACGACGGCUGA